UACAACGGGUUAGGAAGCAUGGCACCAGCGCUGCCAAGCAUGGCCGCGGCAAGCUUGCGACAGCCCGAGAUGCAGCUCAGAGCUGCUACGUUCAGUCCCACACAAGCUACACAGGCUGCACCCGCACGCCCGUUCACACCGAGUGUAAUCACUGGUGGAAGCGAGAGCAGCCACCGGCGCCAUUUGCCUUGCGCUGUUGUGGCAUGCUUGGCAGGGACGUGGGCAACGAGAAAGCGCCGGAGCCAAGUUCCGCGACUUGGCACUUUGACGGCAGGUGAUGCCGAAACUCCAAGCAAUGCGAUAGAGGAAUGGCUAUUGAGUUUGGACUUGCCGACUCCACUGAAACCUGUCUUGGGGAGUUCAGCCUGGGCCAGUUUUGCGGCAUCCUUGGUGCAAAUGUUCGUAGUUGCUGGGCUUUCCGCCCUCGGCACUCUAAUCGAGCAAGGCGAAUCUCCUGCAUUCUAUGCACAAAAAUACCCAGAAUCAUCAGGUAUUCUUUUGAUGCUUGGAUUUGAUCACAUGUAUAGCUGUCCACUUUUCUUGGGAUUGUUAGCAUGGCUUGCUGCAUCGCUCAUUGCAUGCACCGCUACAACGCAGUUGCCAUUGGCCAAGAAGGCCCAGCGCUUUUCCUUUCGUUCGUCAGCUGCCAUGAAGCGCAGAGGUAGCUUCCUGAUGCGCAUGAACUGUCCGGCGUCCUCUGCCGGCGUAGCCGCGACCGGGGCAGCAACACGACUUCUGCAACUGCGGGAAGAACUACAAGGUCGAGGCUUCAUCGUUCGCUCAGAUGACGACGUAAACCCAACUCAAUUGGCAGCAUCUCGAGGUCUUGUGGGAAAGUUUGCUCCAAUGGCAGUCCACCUUGCCCUUUUGCUGACCCUAGCUGGAAACACAGUGGGAUUGGUCUUCGGAUCAUCGAGUGAAGUGCUGGUCGGUGACGGGGGAUACGCUGACAUUGGCAAAGUGUUGGAUGCUGGUCGCAGAAUCAAAGGUCCUUUGUCUAUGCUGAGUCCCAACAAAGGACUGUUGGAGUCAACCCUUGUGAGAGUUGAUGACUUCCGGAUUGAGUACAAGGAUGAUGGGAAUAUUGACCAGUUCUACAGCAAGCUCGCAAUAGAGGAUGCCAACACCCAGAAAGAACUUUAUAGUGAUGAAAUCUUUGUGAACAAACCUUUGCGCUAUGGUGGUGCAACGAUUUACCAAGCAGACUGGGCAAUCGACCGCCUGCAGAUGUUCAUCAAUGGAUUUCCCGUGGUCGUCCCCUGCAAGUCCCUUCCAGCAGAUGGAGGUGACCGCUCAUGGGCAGCCUUCCUGCCACUUGAGCUCGUGACAGCAAAGGACCCUGCUGCUGUCAAGCAGAUCACGAAGCCCAAAGAGGGCAUCGUUUUCAUCGUCCAAAACAUGCGCAAUGUGCAGGUCUAUGGUUCUGACCAAACCCUUGUUGGAGUAUUACGUUCGCCGCUUGCCAAGGUGGACGAGAAGCUAGAGGGAAUGCCCAUCCAGUUUGGCCAGGAGAUCACCGUCGAGGGUGGUAACACGCUGCGGCUGGACAGAAUUGUAGGCUCAACCGGCCUCAUCGUUAAGAACGAUCCUGGUGUACCUCUUGUGUAUGCAGGCUAUGCACUCUUGAUGCCUGCCACAUUGCUGAGCGUACUUCCAUUUGUACAGGUAUGGGCCGCCAUCAACAGCGACGAUGAGAAUCAGAUUCUCGUUACUGGACGUGCCAACCGCAACCAGCUCCAAUUUGAGGACGAAAUGAAGGCCACAGUCUUGACCAUUGCCAACUGAGCUCCAGUGUGGCACCUGCUUGGCUACGAGUUUUGGCAUUGUGAGCUAUGCAUCAGAGUCAUUGGACAUGUAUAGAAUUGUAUAGAAUAUAUAGUAUACGAAUAGAUAGCUGACAAUGACCUGAUUUCGUUUGUUAUACUAAGCCUGAGGUGCUGGCAGCUAGGUCAAGUCACAAGCGCAUCAAGC